AUGGACAAGCCAACACCUAGAAUCAACGUUUCUCUUUGCGAACAAUUUGUUGAUCAAACUGUACGAAUGAUUGUUAGAGUUAAAAAAUUAAAAGGAGAUACUGCUUUAGUAGAUUCAUGCGGGCUGAUAGAAGUUCAUUUAAAUCGCGAUUCUAAUUUUAUUGAAGGAAAUGCAUUUGAAAUAAUAGGAAAAAUUAAUCCAGAUCUUUCUGUAAAUGUUUUAACUGCUAUAAAUUUUGGCAAAGACAUAGGUAUAAUUGCAAACGAAAAUAUUAAGAAUUUACCUUUUCUAGAUUUCGAAGCAGUCAGUUUAGUUGUUCAAGUAUCUCAUAAAUACCAUGAAUUAUUUUAUUAA